CGCACCUCCGUCUCUCUGAAACGCUCAGCAUGGGACCCUGGCUGCUGCUCCUCUGUUGUGCUUGGACUUUGAAAUCAUCUCUCUCGUCUGUGCUGUGGCAGACUCCUGGGACUGUGUGGGUCCCUGUUGGAGAAGCGUUUACAUUACAGUGCAUACACGAGAUGAAGGUUCAGUACUGCUAUUCAGCUACAAGCUGGCAUAAAGUCAGUAAAAGAACUGGACGGCUGAAUGAGAUCAGACCUGAGCUCAACAUGAAACAAACUGACACUAAAGUUUGCACUCUGACCAUCCCUAACGCCACCCUGCAGGACUCGGGCAUGUACCACUGCACCGGUUUAUAUAAUAAAAUAGUUCUGGUUGGAAAUGGCACCAGAGUCAUCGUCACCGAUCCUGGUCCACUGAGUCCCUCCAUCAUCAUGUAUUCUCCUCUGGACGUGUCCGGCCCCAUCGUCCCCCUGCAGUGUUUGGUCAUGGGAGUUGUUCCCUCUCAGGUUCAGGUCGUCUGGAUCAUUGACCACAGUGAGCGCUUGGGAUGGACGGAGUCGAGCUGGACAGACAACAGUGACACGGCCGUGGAGCACACUCGAGCUCACAUCACGCUUUCUGAGGACCAGUGGACAGAAGCAGCCCGGAUUGAGUGCCUCGUCAAGUUUGAUGGCACAAAUAUCUCGAAAUCUCUGGUACCUGGAGAUAUGCCUUUUUUGUUCAGCCGUUCUGGGUCUGCCAGCAUGUGCUCCUGGCUGAUGUUCCUGGGCAUUGGGUUCCUCACCAUCACUGCCGCCGUCACUGUCGCUGUUUGUUUAUGCAGAGAGAGGCAGAAAGAUGCUGCAGCUGAAGGAUGCUGUGAUGGAGACACUGAGGACGAGCAACAGGGAGAAGAAGACACACUUAACCCUAAGGCAGAGAGGUCAUCCUGGACGGCGGUGGAGUAUUCUUGUUUAGCGUCAACUGUCGGGUCUUCUGAUUGAUUGAACAUCUUUCUUGAGAAGAUCACAUCAGUGGUUACGUCUUCACACCCCAAAACACGUGGUGAAAGAAACAACUUCGUUUUCUUUUUUUGCCGUCUGCGUGUUUUGUCUUGCUUUGUUUUACAUUAUAUUUGGUUUAACUUUUAAUUUCUUAUGUCUGCAUCUGAUUUUAUCUU